AUGGAUAAAUCGCGUAAUGCUGCUCAUGCUGGAUCAUGGUAUAUCGACAAUCCUACUUUGCUUGAGAAGCAGCUCGUAGGCUUACCAAAUGUACCUGAUUCUGUUAUUGACGGAAAGCGAUUUAUAAUUUCACCACAUGCGGGUUACAUGUAUAGUGGUAAGAUAGCGAAUCAGGCAUUCCAAAAAAUUGAUUUCACAAACAAGGAACGAGUUUUCGUUUUGGGACCUUCACACCAUGUCUUUACUCGAAAGUGUCUAGUGACUCAAGCCGAAGUGUGCGAAACACCCUUUGGAAACCUUGUGGUAGAUCAAGAAGUAUGUCAGGACAUUAUGGAGCAAAAUGACAAUUGUUUCAAUGAAAUGAGUCUAGCAGCCGAUGAACAGGAACAUAGCAUCGAAAUGCAAUUUCCCUUGUUAGCGUACCACUUACGAAAACAAGGCCGUCUCGAUAAAGUAAAGAUUGUUCCCAUCAUGAUUGGUGCUCUGAGCUCAGAAGCUAUCCAAACAGCAGCAAACAUCCUUUGUAAUUACAUUGUAGACGAAAAGAAUGCUUUUAUUGUUUCUUCUGAUUUCUGCCAUUGGGGACGUAGAUUCGGCUACACUAUGUACCUGAACGAAAAAAAUGAGUUGGAGGAUGCAAUUAUCGGUUUCCGAAGAAGAGGUUCGAUUGAAAAUCCUAAAAUCUAUGAAUCUAUUUCCACUAUUGACCACAUGGGCAUGGAUAUUAUUUCGACAAAAUCAAGUCAAGAUUUUGCCGAGUAUAUCCGUUUGACUCACAAUACGAUAUGUGGACGUUAUCCUAUUCAAUUGGUUUUAAGGUCCAUGGAACUAGCUCAAGUGUCCAACCAAUUUGAGUUUAUUGCUUAUUCCCAAAGCAAUCAUGCGAUCAGUGUGUCCGAUAGUAGCGUGAGUUAUGCUGCUGCCAUUGCAUAA